AACUAAAACAGCUCUCAGUCUACAAUGUUGAUACUCAGAAAUGGAUUUACAUGAAUGUGUUUAUGAGGAAUAUGUCUCUGACUGUGUAUAAGAGGAUGCUCAGACGUUAUUCUGGACACAACAGCUCUGAGAUCUUCAAGCUCUACAGAACUUCUACAGAUUCUUUCUGUCAUUGUGAAGAAACAUCUUGAAGAAUGAGAAGCCUGAUGUGUUUGAUGUUCGUGAUCUUCUGCUCUGUGCAGAUGACUUCAAGCGGUCCCAUUUCAGAAGAUGUGGCAAACUCAAAGUGUUGUGGAGAGUUCAGUAAAGUGAAGGUUCCUGUGAAUAAGGUGGUGUCUUACUACAAGACCAGCAGCAUCUGUGCCAGAUCCGCUGUUGUGUUUCAGACAAUAGCAGGGAAAGAGUUCUGUAUUGAUUCAAAGACCCCCUGGGUGAAGACUCAUAUUGAUAAAGUGGACAAAAGAAAAACAACUGCCACAAAAGCAUAAACUCAGAGUCUCAGAGUUUAAAAAAAGCUACACUAUUUCUAUUUAAAAUGUGCAUUUCAUAUUGUAUAUUUA